CAGACAAAUACGAACACUAAAUCACAAAAGCCAAUUUGAAACAAGAACAGAGGUCUCGUUAAUAUUUACUAAGAUGAGAAUCUCUUUUAUCGUCUUCAUAUUUGUUACCAUUUAUAUACAAAAAUCAAACUCCGUUGAUUUUAAAUAUUUGUCUGUUUUUAAUUUCGGAGAUUCUAAUUCCGAUACUGGUGAUCUCGUGGCGGACCUUGGCGUUCAUCUUGACCUUCCUAACGGCCAAAAUUACUUCAAAAUUUCUUCCCAAAGAUUCUGCGAUGGACGUCUUGUCAUAGAUUAUCUAAUGGAUGCAAUGGACAUGCCGUUUCUAAAUCCGUAUUUGGAUUCAUUAGGCUUACCGAAUUUCAAAAAAGGGUGUAACUUUGCAGCAGCCGGAUCCACCAUUCUUCCCGCAAACCCUACCUCUGUUUCUCCGUUCUCCUUUGAUCUUCAAAUCUCUCAAUUUAUUCGGUUCAAAUCAAGGGCACUUGAACUACUUGCUAAAACAGGAAGGAGAUAUGAAAAGUACUUGCCACCAUCUGAUUAUUAUGCAAAAGGACUAUACCUGAUUGACAUAGGCCAAAAUGAUAUUGCUGGUGCCUUUUACUCCAAGACUCUUGACCAAGUUUUUGCCUCUAUUCCUUCCACUCUUGAAACUUUUGAAGCUGGGCUCAAGAGGCUGUAUAAAGAAGGAGCUAGAAACUUUUGGAUACACAACACAGGACCUUUAGGAUGUUUGGCUCAAAAUAUUGCAAAAUUUGGGACAGAUUCAACAAAGCUUGAUGAGUUUGGAUGUGUUAGUUCCCAUAACCAAGCAGCCAAACUGUUCAAUCUGCAACUCCAUGCUCUCUCGAACAAAUUUCAAGCGCAACUCCCUGAUUCAAAUGUUACUUACAUUGAUAUCUUCUCGAUCAAAUCCAAUCUCAUCGCUAACUAUUCUCAAUACGGUUUCGAAAACCCCAUAAUGGUCUGUUGUGGAAUUGGUGGAGCACCUCUAAAUUAUGAUAGUCGCAUUUCGUGUGGCCAAACUGAAGUCUUAGAUGGGACAACAAUAACGGCCAAAGCAUGCAACGAUAGUUCCGAGUACAUAAUCUGGGAUGGAAUUCACUAUACCGAAGCCGCAAACCAUUUUGUUUCAGAUCAGAUCUUAACCGGGAAGUAUUCUGAUCCAGCGUUUUCAGAUCAGAUGCCAUUUCUUCUGAGCAUAAAACUUUAAAAUGAUGUAAUAAUUUGUUGUUUCAUUAAUAUUUUUUUGUUCUCGGUCAUAGUUACACAUAUACAUUGCUCAAAUAAACUGAUUUAAAACAUCAA